UUGUCACCGAGGGAAAUGUUGAGCAAGAGGGUGCGAUAUCUCGAGUUGCAGAAGAAGAGAGAGAGAGAGAGAGAGGUUUUAGAGAGAUGUUGUUCCAAGUUGGUGGACAUGGAAAGAGGCCCACUUUCUUUGAAAUGGCCGCUACCCAACAGCUUCCCCCAAGUCUCAGAGCCGCCUUGACAUACUCUUUUGGGGUGUUGGCCCAGAGACGACCAUUCUUCCAUAAGGUGUUAGAUUACGAUGAUGAAUUCUUCGCAAUGCUUAUGAUCGUGCUUGAAACUCAUAGUUUAAGAACCACAGAAGCUUCUUUCUCAGAGUCUUUGUAUGGCUUAAGGCGGAGGUCAGCUAAAUUAUCACAAGGAAAAGAAGCUCCUCAUACUGACUCAGUUGAACACUCUGGAAUAGAAAAGCACCAAAAAAUUCUCUCUGUCGUAUUUCUGGUUGUUUUGCCAUAUUUCAAGUCAAAGUUGCAUUCUGUCUACAGAGCACAAAGGGAUGCAAUGCUUCAAGAUACUUUAUGGGGGGCGGGAGAUGUAGGCAUGGAUGAGAGUGAUGGUUUCUCUGAAAGGGGAGAAAAUCUUCAUAUUCCUGCGGAACUAACAGAUAACGAUCGUUCAAGAUCUGCUCGUGUAAAAAAUUUGGUUAAGAGAAUAAUAUCUGCUUGCUACCCAUGGAUACAUGCAACUAACGAAGGGUUGUCAUUUGCUUAUCAGCUGCUAUAUCUGUUGGAUGCUACCAGCUUUUACUCUCCAGCUCUACAUAUCCUUACAGUUAAUGUCUGUCGUGCUACUGGCCAAGAACUGAUGGAUGCUUCUUCAAAAGUUUCAAAGAAUAGAAUGCGUGAACGUGAGAGACUCUGGGGUCCUGCUUGGCUCAAGGCAGUACAGGGAGUAUUGCUUAGUUCUUUAUACAGAACUCUCGAUUAUGCACAGACUGGUUUGAUUGCUGCGGUGUUCUUCUUUAAAAUGAUGGAAUGGUGGUACCAAUCUGCAGAGGAAAGAAUGACUGCUCCAACUGUGUAUCCCCCACCUCCUCCUCCACCUCCUCCAAAGGUUGCUGAAGAGGGGAUCCCGCUACCCCCAGAUAGAACACUCUGCCCUCUGUGCACAUCAAAACGUACAAACCCAGCUGUGGUUGCAGCCUCUGGGUUUGUUUUCUGUUAUUCCUGCAUUUUCAAAUAUGUUUCAAGGUAUAAACGUUGCCCGGUUACUCUGAUGCCUGUAAAUGUCGAUCAGAUAAGGCGGCUUUUUCAUGAUGUUUAGAAACUUCGAGGUCAAGAUCCAUGAAAGAUUAUAAAUUAUGGAGCAUAUGAGAGGUCCUGGUAAAGACAAAGACGGCAAAGGAGACUUGCAGUCCAUUGGCUUGACUUGGAUGGGUUUUGAGCUCCAAAUAUUGAUUAAGUGAUAUGGUGCUUUGAAAUUGAUGGUUGAUUAUUUUGUAGAAGUGUACAAUAAUUAUUUGCUGGUGGGUUGUUGUUAAGCUUUUUGAGGUACAAGGCAACUCUUAGUUAACCCCAAGGGGGAUUGUAUAUGAUGAGACGAUUUAUUAUUGGUAUAAAGAGGUCACUUCGAGCCUUAGAUUUA